AUCCCUCUCUUUCUUUUCCCUCUUUCUUCUUUUUUUAAAAGCUCAUUACCAUCACCAGAGGCGCGUCGUAGGGGUUAAUUUAGUGCCGAGUUGGGGAGCGUCAGGGCGCACACAGUGGGCUAGUUGUGCCGAUCACUCCCGCAGAGGCGAUGCCCUUUUGCGGAGAGGUCUCUUGUGGCACAGAGGACAGACGGCAUUCACUAUCGGGACACAGGGACACAAAGGGAAGAAACUGCAUUUUAAAAGGCUCCAUUCUUCCCCCGCUGCCGCUGGGUGUUGACUGUGGGUGUUUGAGAGGAUCGUUGUUGCCCGGAGAGAAAGUAGAGAAGAAGAAUACGCGCCGUGGACGGGUUGGGGGAAUUUUAUGGACAGGGUUACUACAGUGCAGCUGAUGCUGUCAUCCACUCCACCUCUGCCUGCUUUCCCGGAGUUAGUUCUCUCUGUUUUGGAUGAGGAGCGGAACUUUUACGCACUGAUUGUAUGAGUGGCGACUGAGCGGGGACCGUCAAGAUGAGCUCUGGUCUCCCCGGUACCUGCGGGAUCGCGCUUUGAGCCCGAUCGUUAACUCCGAGAAGCAGCGAUUUUGUGGAUACCUGCCUGAAGGAUGCCGGUCGAUAAAUUCGCAAACAUGGAGGAAAAACUGUGGAUAUUAGAGGAUCUCAAUAUGAUGUACAUCCGCCAGAUCGCACUCAGUUUACAGGACAGCGACAUCCAGAAGAAGAUUGACCAUGAGAUCCGGAUGCGUGACGGGGCCUGCAAGCUGCUGGCUGCCUGCUCCCAGAGAGACCAGGCCCUGGAGGCAGCGAAGAGCCUGCAGACCUGCAGUACUCGCAUCAUGGCGUACAUGUCGGAGCUGCAGAGGAUGAAGGAAGCUCAGGUCAUGCAGAAGGUCACACGGAGGUCGUCGGAUGCAGGGCCAAUGGACGACAGAUUCCCAUGCAAAGGAAAAGUGGCCAUCUCAGAUCUUCGUAUCCCUCUCAUGUGGAAAGACACAGAGUACUUCAAGAACAAAGGAGAGCUCCACCGGUGUGCUGUGUUCUGCCUGCUGCAGCUGGGAGGAGAGAUCUUUGACACAGACAUGGUGAUAGUGGACCGGACACUCACUGAUAUCUGCUUUGACAACACCAUUGUAUUCACUGACGCCAGCCCAGGUUUUGAGCUGCGUGUUGAGCUGUACAGCUGCUGCUCGGAGGACGACUACUCAGCAGGGAACACACCAAGGAAACUAGCCAGUAAACUGAGCUCCUCCCUGGGCCGAUCAGCUGGGAAGAAGCUCCGGGCAGCCAUGGAGCCUGGACCAUGCAGUCCUGUCAGCAAUGGAGGGGCAGCUCCCCUCCUGCUGCCAGUUCCCUCUGUACCAGGCCCUAAGUACCACCUCUUAGCUCAUACCACCCUGUCACUAUCACACGUCCAGGACAGCUUUCGCACACAUGACCUCACCAUCUCAGGCAACGAAGAGUGUUCAUACUGGCUGCCACUCUAUGGCAGUAUGUGUUGCCGUCUCGCAGCGCAGCCUCACUGUAUGACCCAACAGAUGAUGAGUGGAUGUUUGAAAGUUAAGCAGUGCGGAGGUGACCCUCAGAGCUGGACAAAAGUGUACGCAGUUCUGAAAGGAACAAGCCUUUUCUGCUACCACCGGCAAGAAGAUGUGGAGGCUAACAUCGAACCAGCUUUCACUAUUUCUAUCAACAAGGAGACCAGAAUACGUGCGUCAGAGAAAGACCCUCACAGUAAAGUUCAGAAUAUCUGUAUCAGCAAUCAGUACGGAGGUGAGGAGGUUACACACACUCUGACCACAGACAGCCGCGAGGAGACACACCGGUGGAUGGAAGCCUUUUGGCAACAUUUCUAUGAUAUGAGCCAGUGGAAGCAGUGCUGUGAUGACUUAAUGAAAAUUGAACUGCCAUCGCCAAGGAAACCAGCUCCUGUCACACCAAAACAGGGCUCUCUUUACCACGAAAUGGUUAUUGAGUCAUCUGAUGACCUCAGCAGCACUGUGUCAGACAUCCUGGCUCGGAGGUUGCACGAGCUGGAGCUCCGCAGCCAGCUGGGCACCUCUCCCACCUGGAUGUCUGUGUUUGAGGAGAACAACCCCAAAAGCGCUGGCUGCCCUCGUCCCUGCACCCCUCAUCGACUGCCACAGAGCCCUGCGAGCCCUCACCGCUGCCAAAAGCUGGGACUGCUGUCCUCAGAUGCAAGUCUGACGUCAGACAGCGACAGCCACUGCAGUACCAGUCCCUGCUCUCACCAUCAUGGCUGGCCCGAGCCUUCUUCAAACUUCUCUCUCUUGUCAUCUUCCCCCUCCCGUCUGAGGCCACGCACUCUGUCCCUGGACGCUAAACUCAGCACCCUUCGAGGGAGGGGAUACGGAGGAGGAGGGACCUUCCAGUGCCCCUGCCAGCCUCCUCCCUCCUCGCUGCUCGCACCUAUCCCCCUCUCCUCUCGGUCACCUCGAUCACAGCUCAGCACACAGACCACACUCUCCUGCUCCAGCUCCACCUCCAGCAACAGCUCCAGCAACAGUGAAGGCAGCCACAGCCCUGAGUCAUCUGAGGGAGCCCCCUUCUCGAGGCCCUCCCCAGCUCGACGCAGCCUCAGGAACCUCAGGGCCAGACUUGAUCCUCGCAACUGGCUCCAAAGUCAGGUGUGAACUUGUUUCCUGGCAGACAUUUCAUGCUGACUUAAAGGCAAUAGUGCUCAUUAAACUAUGGUUUAACUUGCUUAACACAUGUGAACCAACCUCAGGCUAUCUGCUAGGCCAUAUGCACAGCCCUGAGAAGGAUAAGCUGCCUCUAGCCUGCUUCCUGGAGGACGAUGGAUCAUGGAAUACCCUCCUGGGGCAAACUGGAAUGUCUUCUAACACAAAAGACAGGUGACAAUCACUGCAGGCGACUCUGCGCUUUGCUGGGUAGCCACAAUUUUGAAGACGGUCCAAAACUAAAUAGGAGGUACUCUGCUUGCUUUGACAAAUUAUGGUCAUGCUAAGUGAUGCUAAGAGCUAAGGACUUGCUCCGAUAAACACGCCACACUAGGCCUACUCUCUGUCUUUGGAAUCUAAUUCUGAAACUGGAAAAGCUUUUCUUUUGUCCUCAGCAUCAACCAUCCUGGCCACUCAAACAUUGGAUCAAGGUCAUCUCUAUUAAUGCACUAGCUGUGUUCUGACUGGAUGAUUCUUAUCUGUAUUUUAAAAAUAAAGGUUUGCAGUGUUUGAUAUGAAAGCCAGUACGCAUGUGGCAAGAUGAACAUGCAAGAUGAACAUAAGGUAUAAUCCUUCAAGAGUUUUCACAUGUAAACUAUUAAGUGUGGAGGGAAGGGUUGAUGUUUGUUACCUGUACUGUGAUAUCUACUUCAGUGUACUUUUCGAAAACACAACAGAUGAUCCUUGUGGUUCUCCUAAAAUUACUAUGCACCAUUUUUGUUUGGGUUUUCUUUUUUUUUCUUUUUUUUUUGCAUGAUUACACUUACAGUUAAAAUGUUGAACUACUUGAGAUCAUUUCAACAAUGAAUCUGGUGAAGCUAAACUUAAUGCAAGUGCUCAUACUUACUGUACUGGUUAUUACUGUGAUCUUUUCAGGGUAAGAAUCUGUGCUCUGGUCUUUACUUCUACACAUUUAUCUGCACACUAUUGACAGGCUGUAGUCAGAACUGCGUAAAAGAUCCUAGAAUAAACUGAAAUUAACCAAAGCUUAAGUAUUAUUGAAAACCUAAGCCAUACUUAUAAUUCUGCUACACUGUGUCACAGCAGCAUUGUAGGAUUUUAUUGAAUAGGGAUUCCUGCUUAUGAUAAAUCCAUUAAAAUGUGAAAUGUCCAUUGAUCCAUUAAUAUGCAACACAGGAAGAAAUCUCAGAAAUUAUUUUAUGGUGGCUGUAUUUUAGAAAACCUUCUAUGAGACUAAGUACUUACAUAAAACAAAGUCAACUGUUAAGUCAUUAUAGUAAGAGCAAAAUUUAAAUGGUUUGUUUACACUGCAGCCUAUUUUUUUUUUUUAAUAAUGCAAGUUGUUGCCAUUUAGACAAUUCACUGCAGUUUUUUCUUAUCACAAGAAAACAGAAUCAAAUCUUGUAGGAGAGUCGGUGUCUCUGUCAGUGCAGUAAAGCCUCUUCUUCUCUGUCUCCGUUGUUUACUUUGGACUUACUUACUGUAACAGUUUCCCUCUUGGGGCUCAGAACUCGAGCAACCAUUUUAACUAAGAUUUAUGUCAAAUGCUUAAAAAAAACAGCAUUUGUUACUGUAAAUUAAUUUUUAUAAGUUAACAAAUAAACCUCCUCUCUUUGUCUUUUGUUAUAUUAUUGAUUUUGUUAUAAAUGCAGCUAUAUUGAUAACUGAUUAUCAUAAUGUUGACAGAUGAUGUGCAGAUCUUUAACUGUUACAAAUAGAUACCAUUGAAUGUUAUAACCUUGCAAGAGUUUCCCUUUUUAGCAGGCUUCGUGUUCUGCAUGUGCGCCAUCCUAGAAGGCGAACAUAAAAUGAGAGAUGUGUAAAUCUCACGUUUAAAUAAUAUAACAUUAAUUAU